AUGUCCUUCCUUGCUCGCGGAUUGUCGAAUCUCAUUGGAAUCGUCGCCCCAGUCAUUCAUUCGUUCAAAGUGCUCAAAAAGCCGACAAAACCGAAAUUGAUUCAAUGCCUCCACUUCUGGACAAUCUACGGCUCAUUCCUCAUCUGCGACUGGUUCCUGAAUACCUUCUUCAUCUCUUGUUUCAUUCCAUUCUACGACUUCUUCGUGCUCUCCUUCAUCACUCUCCUCUCUGUUCCUCAUCUCGGGUUCGCAUCAGUGCUCUACACGAAGUUCUUGGCUCCAUUCCUCCGAAAAAACGAGAGACGAAUCGACGGAAUCACAAUGGCAGUGAUGCUAAGAUUAUGGGAUUGCAUGCCAGCAGUGGCGAUGACUGUUCCAGCGGUUAUGGCUUCGAUUGUCAAUGCCUUCAACACCCCAAUGGCGGAUAUUCCACAACUGGAAGUCGAAGAAAUGGAAGACUCAUUAAUUGAAAUCCAUUCUCAAAGUCGUCCUUCGGUGUCUUCUCGUCGUGUUUCCUCUCGAAUUGUUCAAAGAGUUCAACCGACUCUCGAUUUGAGUUUCGAGAUUCAAGACGAGUCGGAAAACGAUGAAAACGACGGUGGUGACGUUUUCCGCGAGUUUCCAGUUCGUCAAGUGAAGCAAGAAGAAAUUCUGGAUGAAGAGGAGAUAGUCGAUCAUGCACCUUCAUCGCUUCGUAGACGCCCAGCGCCAACUAUUGCAAUGAGAACUCGCCGACAACUCCGAUCUCAAUCUGCCCAAUAA